GAUCUUUGUUUUCCACCAGAGAAUCCUCCUCAGAACAUUCUCAUAUGCUUGAUUUCUGCCUUCGUCUCUUUUGCCCGGGCCCCGGAAGAAGACAAAAAAAGGAGAGGUAUAUCAACCCCGCUUCCCUCGCUUUAUCAAGACCUCGUCGUCGAUAUCCCCUUCCAAUACCAGUCUAUCCUCUUCCCGCACCUAUACUUCCUCCCCCUGAACAGAACUACGAACAACCUCGUCCUAUAAGUUCCAUAUACUAUCCGGAACCGGAUUUGGAGUUUGGGCCUGAGUCCGAGCCUUUUCAUCGACAGAGAUUUCAACGAGUUCCUUUGGAUCCGGACUUGAGACACAGAUUUGAGCCUACAGCCCAACGAGUUCAUUUUGUCGAACCAGAACAGGAAGUUUACUUACCUCUUCCUCGUACCAGAUCACCACCGAGACAACAUAUACAUUUUGUCCAGCAGCUUUCACCACCAUACAUUCCUUCGCCUCCACCGUCUCCUACGACUCAUCAUAUUCACGUGUUACCUCCUCCUACCGUUCUUCCAGCACCAAGGCAAUCGUCUCCACCGCAUACCCAUGUCCAUCUUCUUGGCCCUGUUCCUCCACGAAUUGCAACACCACCAGCUCAAGCACUUGCUUUAGUUGCGAUCCCGAAAGUCAAAAGAACAAUGAAUUUCCCGAAUCAUCCUCAUCACCACCACAAUCACAUUCACAACCACAACCAUCGACACCGCUCGCUUUCUUCCUCUCCUUCUCGUUCCCCUUCUCCAUUCUCCCAUGCACACAACCCACCCCAAAAUCACGCUAAUAAUCAACAAAACAACCCAAGCAAUCUGAACAAUAUCCCACUAGCAGAUCUUAUUCGCGAUGUUUUACAUCGCUAUCUUCAAAUUAAUCUACCGCCUGGGACAGCGAUUAGUAUAGCGAGAUUAAUGUCUAACAGUCGAAACCCUACUUCCAAUUUAAGCAAUCAAGCGAAUGCUGGAACUGUCAGAAAUCGAUCGCGCAGUCCGUCACAAGGUAGGGGUCAAGGGAGAGGAAGAAGAGGUGGAAAUAACAAUAACGGAAAUGGAAAUGGAGCAGCCAAUGGAAAUGCGGUUGGUAGUGGUAGAAGGGGAGAUGGAGGAAAUAGACAAGCAGUCAUGAGUUCGGACUCGAGCUCGGAUUCGAGUGAUCCACCAAGACAUAAAAGUAUAAUUGAUUUUAAUGAAGAGAUUAGGAGGGUAAAUAUGUGCGCCCAGGUUGCGAAUGGUAUUAUCAGCCCGUCUAUGCUCAACGCUGAGGUCCACCCUAAGCUAGACACUAAAGGGCAAUAUCCGAAAGGUUUUCAACGCCCUUUGAAAGUUAGGGAUUUUAUGGCUAUGGAUACAAAAAACCUAGACGCCCUCCUCAUCACCUACGAUCUCUCAAGAGUAACGCAUCACAGCUCUGAUCUAGCAGCCCUCUCAAUUUUCAGGGCUCAUAACGAGCGUAACCAAAAUACUACAAACCAUGGAACCAGGAAUCCCCCCUGCGAUUGCACAGUUUGCGCGCUUGUUCACGAAGAUCAAAGAGAGGCAAGGAGGGAAAUACUUUUUGAAUAUCUGUGUGUGGGGGCGCUGCAUAGUGGAUCGGGGGUGGCAAAUUUGUUGGCUCUUGGACUGGGUCAUGCUCAAGGUCAAAGUCAUGGUCAAGCACAAGCACAACAGGCACAAGUACAAUUAACUCGAGCAGGAGGAGUAUUGAUGGCAGGGAAUCCCAGAGGCGGAGGUAGACACGGAGGAGGUGGGAAUCAAGGCGCAAACGCAAAUGCGAAUGCAAACGCAGCGGGUUAUCUCAUUCUUCCGCAGCCGGGACAUGCGAUGCAAGUGCAAAAUGUGCAAGGAGCGGUGCCAAAUCGGUUGAAUAAUAAUAAUAUUGGGCUUGCGCAGCCGAGUCAGCAUUCGGCUCACUCGCAUCAUCAGUCGCAGCAGCAUUUGGGUGGAGGUGGGAGUGGAAAUGGACAGGGUGGAGUAUUGCAACGGCGUAGCUAAGAUUGAAGUUUGGGAUUCGAAUCUUUUUUUUUUUUUUCUUUCAAUUCUGUAUUCA